AUGGGGAAGAUACGUUGCACCAUAGAUGGAAACUUGAAUGACUCAGAAUUCAGCCAGCCAAUGCCAUGGAUUGGUGUCUAUGUAGCAGCAGCUUCUGCAGCUUGUGCACUGGGGAUGGCAAUGGAUGCUUUUCAUGGACUGCGCCACAGAAAAUUCUGGUUUCCUUGCAGCUUCUUCUCUCUCAACGCUACAACCUUGACGCUACUAGCUGUUGCCACCAAGUUGUCUGUUGAUCUAAAUACAUCCAUGCCUCAUCAACAAGAUCAGUUGACAAAACUUAGCAGUGCUGCUCUAAUCUGUACGGUAAUUGCUAAUUUCAUGCCUUCUUUAGGUCUCGUGGAGAAUAAAGAGCUGUUGAUGAACAUAAUGGCUUUGGGAAUUUUCGUUAUCACAGCCAUUGUGAAUAUUGGCAUACAAUUAGCUACUGGUGUAAUCUAUGUUUUCUUCAAAGAGCAUAUAGCCUUCAUGUUUCUCAUGCUUGUUUUGCUUCUACUACUGAUCUCCUCAGCUGUGACAAUACCAACUACAAAGCAUUAUUUGGACCUGAAAUAUAAAAAGAAGUACAAGUUAGCAAACAAAGAAUGCAACAUCAUGGAUACAUGCACAACUGAGAAACUUAAGUACGAAUUGAUGAAAUUUUGGACCAUGGCCUAUACGUCCUGCCCUCAUUUGGUUGGGGGGCGCUUAGUAACAUGCACUGCUUCUGUAGUUUUUUGCCUUAUGAGCACAGGAAUUUAUGCUGAUGCCAUGUUUAGGUCAUACAUCCUCCAUAAGAGCUUCAACUUUUGUAGUGGAGACUCUGAAUACAAGUGGUCCACAACCUUGAUUCUUGUAACUCACACAGUGGCAAUAGGAGUAGGAGCUGUUGCACCAGCUUCUAGAUGGUUCAGAGCCAUAAAUUUUGACUGCCCCAAAAAAGCAAAUAAUGCCUGCAAAGUCAAGUUGUUCAAAGUGGAGAACUAUUGGAUCCGUAUCCUGCUUCAGUGGAAAGAAUGCCCAUUGGAUUUCAGAUAUUGUGGUCGGCAUGGUAGAAAAUUUGCUCAUAAAUCAAAGAACAAACUUCUUGAUUUAUGUAUUUUGGUGCAAAUUAUGAUGGUGUCACUUAGUAAGCUAGUCCAGCUCGUUUCCAUUUUCUCUGUAAGCCAGUCACUGAUAUACUGUCGGAAAGCAAUCAAGAUGCUAAAAUGCAACAGUAUGGUGUCGAGUCUCGAUACAGGAUUGAGGUCCCAAACCAGUUCAAAACCAGAUCUUAGCUGCUAUGCUUUACACCUUGAAGGAGAGGAAGCUUUAAUUGAUUUGAUGAUGCAAAGCAACAGUGAUCUGGUAGAUCAUUGGAUUGGGAUAGGGGAAAAGAAGCAGCUUAAACAUCUUCUACGACUUCUGGAGAAACUGAAAUCAAUCACCUGGAUUCAGAGGAGUGCAUGA